AUGGCCACUAUCAACCCGUGUACCGUGCUGGUGUUGUCCGUGCUGUGCGGAGUGGUCCUCGGGCAGCUCUCGUUCCACAACGAUCCAUCGCAGAACAGCUUCUCGAUCAAGCUGCCGGCGUUCCAGCAAACGUUCACGCGCUACUUCGGCAAUCAACCGCAGGGGGCACUGCUCCAGCAGCAGCAGCAGCAGCAGCAACAACAGCCGUUCCAAGCCCAGUAUCAGCAACAGCAGCAGCUGCAGCAGAAUGCCGCGCAAACGUAUCAACUGCAGCAGCGACAACAGCAACAACCGGACGGUAUCAACCGCUAUGUGGCGCAGUUUCCGGAACAACCGCACUACACCGUUCAGGAGAACUAUAUUAACCCAAACAUCCGGCAGCGCAUCCAGCAGCAGCGUCUUCAGCAACAGCAGCAGCAGCAGCAGUUCCCGCAGCAAGUGCAACCCCAACAGUACUAUCCUCAGCAGACCAACUAUCAAGGGUUCCCCUUCGGCCCGGCCCAGGCGGCACAGGAUCCCGCUGGAUAUUCGGCAGGAAAUCAGCAACCGCAGUAUGAGUACAUCCAGCAACCGACCGGAGCGGAAGCCGGUAACCAGGCAGGUCUCCAGGAGCAGCAGCAGCAGCAGCAGCAGGGAGUCGGCGUCCAGUACCAGCGGGGACAGGCACCGGCCAGCGGAGAAGCCGAUCCGGCCGCCCCGAACAAGCUGAUCGGUGUGGCGUUCUCGCCCUCCAACGAGGUAUCUCAGGUGAAGUUCAGUAGCAAUGGACUGAAGUACAACUUCUAA